AUGGCAAACUCUACUGUCGAUAUGAUGCUUGACGGGUUGGAGAGUGACGAAGAAUCCUCACCUUUCGAGACCUCUGUAAUCAUACCGAAUAGUGUCCUCAAUGCUCUACUGAUACCAAUAUGUAUCACUGGCAAUGUUUUGGUACUAGCCGCCGUAUGGAGAAAUCCUUCCCUACGCACUCCGUCUAUCAUUUUGCUGUGCAGUCUUGCUGUUUCUGAUCUUUUUGUUGGGUUUCUUGCUCUUCCAGUUUACAUUGCCUUUGCCCUUACACCGCUUUCUCGGGACAGUUCUUACUCACCUCUGUCACAAGCAAGCCUUGUCCUCACUAUUCAACUCUGCGGUGUUUCCCUUGAAACAAUGACAGCCAUCAGCGUGGAUCGAUAUUUGGCCCUACGUCAUCACAUGCCGGAAAGAACAUUAGAACAUCAGAUGGUAUUUUGCUCCCACUAUUCUGUUCAUGAACUCCGCUAUAAAUCCAUUCUUGUAUUGUUGGCGCAAUCGGGAAAUGCGGGAAGCAGUUUUGAAGAUAGUACGAAAAAGGUUAUGUAAAACAGAUGAGGAAAACUUAGAUAACGGUGAUCAAUGAAAUUGGUUGACUUGAGACACUCACGGUCAGAUACUGCCGCCAAAAAUCCGAGAUCGAGGCAGUUGAAGAAACUACGUAACGCGUUAUGUAAAACAGAUGGAGCGGAAAACUUAUGUUUCGGUUAUUACUGAAAUUGGUUGAUACAUCGAUUUCAGCGAAGUUCAUUUGCGUUUUUGCCUUCAGGAAAGACCGGCAAGGAUAGCUACAGAUCAUACAACCAGAGGCUAAAUUUUUGCGGUGUAAUCUGCUCUACUACUUCCAUUGGAUCGCUCUUCCAUAGCGUACUCAGGGGCAGAUAAUGCUGCCAAGAAAGUAGCUAGAAAGUGGAAGAAACAAACAAAAAACUAGUGGCCAAGGAAAAUUUGCAAGAAAUGCAGUUUUCGGUCCCUGCUUUUCUCCCGACCGCCACGUUGAUCUGCCAUCGAACCCAGUAUUUGAAUCUUAGAACAAUAGGAAGGACUUAAACAAAUAAAACUCCUAAAGAGUCAAACAGUAAAACUUAAACGUUAUUUGACCGAGGAAUAAUUUUUUUUUAUAUUAAAAAUUAAAAGUUUUUUGUUAUACGUAACUUUUAGGGGACCUGCGUUUCUCCUCUCCUUCUUAGUAUAUAUAUACAAUGUGAUUCAACUUACAUGUAAGUGCUUUAAUUUUGUAUUGCACGUUUUCUUUCCUUUGUUAAAUUAUUUAUUACUUACUUUUCACCUUAUAUCUAAUUGAAAUUCUGUAUUAUCAUCUGCUAUGGUUUGGCGAAACAAAUAAUAUGACUGUGAAGUGAAAUGAAAUCAAUAAUUAUGUAUAUAACAGCUUCUAAUUAUGACAGCAAAGCUGUAAUUGUAAUUUCAGCAGGUACAGCUGUAAGUUAAGCUAGGUAAAACAUAGCAAUUAACUAAACAAGUUCUCAUGAUCUAUGCUAAAAGUGACCUAUCUGAAUUAUAUGUUGCCCGUAUGAAAAUUAUUCAGACGUCGAUUUACCUUGUAUUUGAGGCAUGAUUAGUCUACCAAAUAUUCUUCAAAUAGCAGUUGUAAUUCGUCGAGUUGUAUUUUUGCUCUUUUAGCCAUGUUUUUAGGCACUUGUACGGGAAUUUCUUAUUCGAUGGCAGUAGUGUGAAGUUUUCCGCCAUUUUUUUACUACCUGGGGCUGAGCUCGUCCCCAGGGCUUCUCGGCGAAUGGGGGUUGAAGAAAAGAUUUUGCUUGUACUCGGUAAUAGUUUUUUUGACAUUUUGUCUCUGUCACCAACAAUUAGACCAUGCAAAGUAAAAGAAUCGGUAAAGAGAAAACAAUGUAACAGUAAACACAAGCAAUUAGUUGCAAAAUAGACCUUGUCAUGGUUUUGGAAGCCAUCUUGACGAGUUAGGCAACCGCGUGAGAAAUGGCAGUGUUUGUAUCAGAAUCUAAUGAAGGAUAAUUCCGUAAAACGGCUGUUCUGAAAAAAAUAUGAAUUGUAAACUAAAGCUACACAUCAAAGGAUUUUACUAACAACUUUCGGGGACCUUAACUGUGCUUAAAUUUCUCCAUGCGCUUGCUUUAGAUUUUCCAUAUAUUUGUCUGCAAUUUUUCCCGGGGAAUUUUAGUCGGCAGAAAGAAGAAACUUUAACAGACAAAUAAGCCUCUGAAAGGUUAUAUUCGGUAGCUUUUUACUAAUUAAUUGAAGUUAUUUUUUUCCUAUUUCAGUCCAUUAUCUCUAUGAUAUGAGGGAUAAAGAUGCAGCAUCUCAUCGAAGUUGCCAGGCUCUCUCACUCUAUUGUUGGUUUUCACAUGACGUCACUAAAGUUCAAACUACAAAACUAUCGAUCCUACUGAGAUUUUAUUUUCAUGGUGUAUUAGAGCGGCUGAAAAUCAAUUUUUAAACAAACUUUUGCUUCAAAAGAGUUCUUGGUUUUGUAAUAGAGUACGCUUGAAUUUCUAAGCUUUUGCGUGACGCAGCAUUUACAUGACGGCUGAGAGAGCCAUUUAGGUUAAAAAAGGGACUUUUUUCGAGGAAUUUUGCUAUCUAAACAGUUCAAGUAUUAGAAAAAGUAUUACUUUAAUGUUUAUGCGUUCCUCUAGGAGUAAAUUCACGCUUUUGUAGCAAAACUCGGUAACAGAUGUUUCUGUUGGUUUCCGUCCGCCAUGUUGGAGCUCAUCCGGAUGAGCUCCAGCAUGGCGUCUCCAUAAAAAGCUCUCUAAAUUUGGGUAAAACAUUUCCUCGGAUAUUUCGUAUACGAAUUAUUCCUGCGACCCAAAACUUGGCGAGGGUCUUUGUACAUUUACCUCCUUUCAUUUCCCAGAUUCUGGACUUUAUCUGUCGAAUGGUUUUGAUUUUUAUUUUGAUCUAUUUUAAAUAGCGCGACACUGAAAACCAGCAAUUGCUCUUUUCCUUUCUCUUAAGAACGAGGUUGGGUGCUUAUUUAAAUUAAUGCGGAUGGGGGAAGGUGGUGGCUUACAAGCAAGGGUGUCUCAAAUUAAGUGGGACCCUUCCUUAAUUUUCCUCCGCCAAUUUUUUUUCUGGAAAUUGGGUUCAUGGUUGAAAUAAACCUAACGGCGAAGAAACUUUUCAAGAUCGUUAUAAGAACGACGUCAAAAACGGCCAAACGUGCUGUUUGUAAAAGCAGGAUUUACAAUUUUAUCUUGUCAGCCAAAAAAUACGAAAAGAAAAGGCCAAAUAAACAAGGAUGUAUGACUGAAGCAACUGUCUUCCAAUGCUUCCCUGCUGUGUGGAAUCAUUUGGGUUAUAUUGAAUUGAUGUCUUUGCUAAACUAAUUUAUUCUACGUUGUAUCUAGCCUGCAGUGCAAGCGUUUUCUUUUAGUGCUCAAUUUGCUCGCGAAAGCGACAUGCACUUAAGGGUUACUAUUUCUACUCUCCCCAAUCUUCCACUGUCAUAAAAUCAAAGAUGGCGGCUACAACAAUAUUACGAACACGAACAAGGUUUUGCCCACCCAGAAUACGCCUGCACUGCAGGCUACGUUGCAUCAGGUUUACUUCUUUGUUGGUCGCUCUGGUCUUCUUUGUCACUAGUGUGGUCGAAAUGCAAGGGAAAAUUACAGGGGUGGGAAAAGAAGAAGCUUUUCUUUUAAUUUUAUGUCCUUUCUGUUUACGGAAUCGAAGUGACGGGGUUGCAAUUAAUUACUUGAUAGGCAUGAUAUAUUUGCAAGUUUGACCAAGUGGGGUAUACACCUAUUGGUGAAAUGGGGUCAAUUAAAAAAUGGGCGCUGACUUAAUUGGUACCAUUCAUCAUUAAUUCCAUUUUAAAAGAUGAUCAAGUAUAACUUCUCCUAAAUGAAAAGCCCUAUUAGACAUAAGUUAAAGAACUAAAUGCUGGCAAGAUGGUUGUAAUUUUAAUAAGAUGCCAGGUGAAAGAGUAUAAAAAAUAAUAUGCAGUUUCUCUUUGAAGAGAAACAGGGGACAGAAUUCAAAAAUUUGAGAUGGCAAACUCUACUGUUGAUAUGAUGCCUGGUGGGUUGGAGAGUGACGAAGAGACCUCUGUAAUCAUAAAUUAAUAGUGUCCUCAAUGCUCUACUGAUACCAAUACCAUCGCUGGCAAUGUUUUGGUACUAGCCGCCGUAUGGAGAAAUCCUUCCCUACGCACUCCGUCUAUCAUUUUGCUGUGCAGUCUUGCUGUUUCUGAUCUUUUUGUUGGGUUUCUUGUUCUUCCAGUUUACGUUGCCAUCGCCUGCUUUAUCCUUUCUGGAAGCGGUUUUUACUCAAGUCUGUCUCAAGCAAGCCUCGUCCUCCUUACUCAACUCUGCUGUGUUUCCCUUGAAACAAUGACAGCCAUCAGCGUGGAUCGAUAUUUGGCCCUACGUUAUCACAUGCGAUAUCCGGACAUGAUGACCUCAAGACGUGCAACCUGUGUAGCAGCAAUAUUUUGGUGUAAAAACGUCAUUUUGUCACUGCUUAGCAUUUGGAAGACAAAUGCUAUUCUUCUUGUUGUAGUUGUCUUUGUUGCCUUAUNAAAAAUAAUAUGCAGUUUCUCUUUGAAGAGAAACAGGGGACAGAAUUCAAAAAUUUGAGAUGGCAAACUCUACUGUUGAUAUGAUGCCUGGUGGGUUGGAGAGUGACGAAGAGACCUCUGUAAUCAUAAAUUAAUAGUGUCCUCAAUGCUCUACUGAUACCAAUACCAUCGCUGGCAAUGUUUUGGUACUAGCCGCCGUAUGGAGAAAUCCUUCCCUACGCACUCCGUCUAUCAUUUUGCUGUGCAGUCUUGCUGUUUCUGAUCUUUUUGUUGGGUUUCUUGUUCUUCCAGUUUACGUUGCCAUCGCCUGCUUUAUCCUUUCUGGAAGCGGUUUUUACUCAAGUCUGUCUCAAGCAAGCCUCGUCCUCCUUACUCAACUCUGCUGUGUUUCCCUUGAAACAAUGACAGCCAUCAGCGUGGAUCGAUAUUUGGCCCUACGUUAUCACAUGCGAUAUCCGGACAUGAUGACCUCAAGACGUGCAACCUGUGUAGCAGCAAUAUUUUGGUGUAAAAACGUCAUUUUGUCACUGCUUAGCAUUUGGAAGACAAAUGCUAUUCUUCUUGUUGUAGUUGUCUUUGUUGCCUUAUGUCUUUUUAUUUCUUCAAUUACUUACAGUGCUAUUUAUCGAAUCGUUCGACACCAUCAACAUCAGAUUCACGCCCAACAGCAAGCCGUACAGAGUAUGAACGCGAAACAAAAUUUCCAGAUACAAGCGAAGAAACAUGCUGCAAACACAUUUAUAUAUUACAUUUGUAUGGUUCUUUGUUAUUUUCAAGCUGUUGCCUCCGCCCUAAUUUUGGUGACUUAUAAAGAACAUUGGAACAUCAGAUGGUAUUUUGCUGAGCUCGUCCCCAGGUCUUCUCGGCGACUGAGGGUUGAAAAGCAAAUCUUGCCUGUACUCGGGAAUAGUUUUUUCACAUUUUAUCUCUGUCACCAACAAUUAGACCGUGCAAAAUAAAAGAAUCGAUAAAGAGAAAACAACGUAACAGUAAACACAAGCAAUUAGUUGCAAAAUAGACCUUGCCAUGGUUUUGGAAGCCAUCUUGACGAGUUAAGCAACGUGAGAAAUUGCAGUGUUUGUAGGAGAAUCUAAUGAAGGAUAAUUUCCGUAAAACGGCUGUUCUGAAAAAAAUAUGAAUUGUAAACCAAAGCUACACAGCAAAGGAUUUUACUAACAAAUUACGGGGACAUUAACUGUGAUUAAAUUUCUCCAGGCGCUUGCUUUAGAUUUUCCAUAUAUUUGUCCGCAAUUUUUCCCGGGAAAUUUUAGUCGGUACGAAGAAGAAAUUUUGACAGUCAAAUGAACCUCUGAAAGGUUAUAUUCGGAAGCUUUUUACUAAUUAAUUGAAGUUUUUUUUUUUUCCUUUUCUGCCAAGUAGCUCUAUGAUAUGAAAGAUAAAGAUGCAGCAUUUCAUCCAAGUUUCCAGGCUCUCUCACUCUAUUGCUCUUUUCCUUUCUCUUGAGAACGAGGUGGGCGCUUAUUUAAACUAAUGCGGAUAGGGGUGGGGGGGGGGGGGGGGGGGGGGUNAAAUUUUCCUCCGUCAAUUUUUUCUUCUACAAAUUGGGUUGACGGUUGAGAUAAACCUAACGGCGAAGAAACUUUUCAAGAUCGCUGUAAGAACGACGUCAAGAACGGCCAGACUUGCUGUUUGUAAUAGUUGGAUUUCCAAUUUUAUCUUGUCAGCCGAAAAAAUACGGAAAGAAAAGGCCAAAUAAACAAGGAUGCAUGACUGAAGCAGCUGUCUUCCAAUGUUUCCCUGCUGUGUUGGGUUAUUUGUGUUAUGUUGAAUUGAUGUCUUUGCUAAACUAAUGUAUUCUACGUAGUAUAAGGGUUGCUUCCUUGUUGGUCGCUCUGGUCUUCUUUGUCACUAGUGUGGUCGAAAUGCAAGGGAAACUUAUAGGUGAGUGGGAAAAGAAGAAGCUUUUCUUUUAAUUUAAUGUUCUUUCUGUUUACGGAAUCGAAGUGACGGGGUUAAAGCAAUUAAUUACUUGAUGGGCGUAAUAUAUUUGCAAGUUUGACGGAGUGGGGUGCACACCUAUUGGUGAAAUGGGGUCAAUUAGAAAAUGGGCGCUGACUUAAUUGGUAUCAUUCUUCAUUAAUUCCAUUUUAUAAGAUGAUCAAGUAUAACUUCUCCUAAAUGAAAAGCCCUAUUAGACAUAAGUUAAAGAAUUAAAAGCUAGCAAGAUGGUUGUAAUUUUAAUAAGAUGCCAGGUGAAAGAGUAUAAAAAAUAAUAUGCAGUUUCUCUUUGAAGAGAAACAGGGGACAGAAUUCAAAAAUUUGAGAUGGCAAACUCUACUGUUGAUAUGAUGCCUGGUGGGUUGGAGAGUGACGAAGAGACCUCUGUAAUCAUAAAUAGUUUCCUCAAUGCUCUACUGAUACCAAUAUGCAUCGCUGGCAAUGUUUUGGUACUAGCCGCCGUACGGAGAAAUCCAUCCCUACACACUCCGUCUACCAUUUUGCUGUGCAGUCUUGUUGUUUCUGAUCUUUUUGUUGGGUUUCUCCUUCUUCCAGUUAACAUUGCCAUCGCCCGCUUUUAUAUCCUUUCUGGAAGCAGUUCUGACUCACGUCUGUUUCAAGCAAGGUUCUUCUUCACUAUUCAACUCUGCGGUGUUUCGCUUGAAACAAUGACAGCCAUCAGCGUGGAUCGAUAUUUGGCCCUACGAUAUCACAUGCGAUAUCCAAAUUUGAUGACCUCUCAACGUGCUAUGUACGUUGCAGCAACAUUUUGGUGUAAAAACGUCAUUUUAUCACUGCUUAGCAUUUGGAAGAGAAAGACUAUCUUGCUUGUUGCAGUUGUUCUUAUUGCCUUAUGUCUUUUCACUUCUGCAAUUACUUACAGUGCAAUUUAUCGAAUCGUUCGACACCAUCAACAUCUGAUGCACGCCCAACAGCAAGCCGUACAGAGUAUGAAUGCGGAACAAAACCGCAAGUUACAAGCGAAGAAACGCGCUCUAAACACAUUUAUAUAUUACAUUUGUAUGCUUCUUUGUUAUUUUCCAUCGGCUGUAUCCAUCCUAAUUACGGUGGCUUAUGAACCACAUUUGAACAUCAGUUUGUAUUUCGACACUAUUAUGUUCAUGAACUCCGCUAUAAAUCCAUUCUUGUAUAUUUGGCGUAAUCGGGAAAUCCGGAGAGGAGUCUUGAAGAUACUUCGAAAAAUAUUAUACAAAACAGAUGAGGAAAACUUAAAUAACGGCGAUCAAUGA